CGUCGACCAGACGUCAAGCACAAAUUGUCAACAAAACAGUUCCUUUCGGCAAAAAAUAAUAAGUGUAAAAAUAACAGUGAGCCAUAACAGCGCAUCGCUGUGAAAAAUGAUCGCUUCUAUGUAGAAUCACGGCAAACGUCAUCGAAGGGGGGGCGACGGAAACCGGACCAAAAACCCUCCCAGUUCCGCAAAACGCCCGAGCAUAUAGGGCGCUCCUCAUCGGAGGUAGCCCCUAUUGUACUCUUCCCUUUUGACCGUCGCCCCGAAACCAAAUACCGCAACAUGACGAUUCAGCGUGCAGCAUGGCUGUUGCUAUGCCACCGGAGUCAGUUGCACCAGGUGCCGAUGAGAAAACUUUCGCUCGGCCCUCCAAGGCCGUACUCGUGGGCGGACGCCACGCUACGGUACGGCGAUAAGCGCUACCACCAAAGAAGUUUCUCCUCGUCACGCAUCGCCAGCCAGUCGAAGAAGGAGCAAGACAAGCCGGCGGAAAAGAUGCAAUCACAAGCGGCGGCAGGCAGCGCCAAGCAGAGCGUUGAGCAAGAAUCGCGGCUCGAAAUCGACACCAAGCAUGGCAAGCUGCUGGUGAAAACGACACUGGCCGACUCGAAGCUGCAGGAGAUCGUGAUCGAGAAACCAAAGCUAGAACAGACACUUAUGCAAACGAUCGCCGCCGGCCAGGAUGCACCGAAGCAGCCGAAGCAGUCCCUGCUGGCGGAGGAGGAAGCACGCGCCAAAGCGGAAGCCGAUCUGAAGGAACAGCUGGCGGAGAAAAACCGUCAGCUGGCCAAGAAGCGCAUACGGGUGGACUUUUCGCGCUCCUCGCUGGAGCGUAACUUUAUCACACCGGUUCGCGCAAUGUCCGACUUUCUGCUGAAACCGUCCGAUUUGGAAGCGCUGGCGAAGACGAAGCGUCGCUCACCGUAUGAACAGGAACCGCCCAUCACGGUCUACUGGCGGAAGGAUGUGGAGGCGAAGGCGAUCGAGGUGUGGGGCUCGCGGGAAAAUCUGCUGAAGGAAUGCUUGAAGCGGGAAAUUGAGAAAAAGAUGCACCAGCAAAAUAUAUUUACGGUGAAGCGAAGACUGCGAGACUACCGGCGGGAGAUCGGCAGCCGGACGAAUGUGGUCGAUUCCGAGCCGGGACUGUUUGGAAAAUCGGGCAAGGUGGUGCUGACGGCAAUCGCAAUAAAUGCAACCAACUGUCUGUUCAAGUUCGGUGCCUGGCUGUACACUGGUUCGCACAGUAUGUUUGCGGAAACGAUUCACUCGCUGGCGGACACGAUCAACCAGCUCAUCCUGGCGUACGGCAUACACAAGUCGACGCAGAUCGCCGACUCGGACCAUCCGUACGGGUACACCAACAUGAAGUACGUGUCGUCGCUCAUUUCGGGCGUGGGCAUUUUUUGCGUCGGCACCGGCCUCUCGUUCUAUCACGGCAUCAUGGGCCUGGUCGAUCCUCACCCGAUCGAUGACUUUUUCUGGGCAUUCUUCAUCCUCGGCGGUUCGCUGGUGUCCGAGGGCGCUACACUGCUGGUCGCUAUCAACAGCUGCCGGAGUGGCGCCAAAGCUCUCGGCAUGAGCUUUAGGGAUUACGUGGCCCGUGGCCAGGAUCCCUGUGUGAAUGUAGUACUUACGGAAGAUGCGGCGGCGGUAUUGAGUGUGGCACUGGCCGCCACCUGUAUGGGACUGUCCACCUACACCGGGUCGCCGAUUCCCGAUGCGGUUGGGUCGCUGCUUGUCGGCUGUAUGCUGGGCGGUGUGGCAUCGUUCAUCAUCUACACGAAUGUGGCUGCGCUGGUCGGGCGCUCGAUACGGCAGGAGAAUCUCGACAAAAUUAACGCCGAACUGGAGAGUGACAUCAUGAUCCGGGCAAUCCAUGACGUCAAGGGUAUAGAUAUGGGGAACUCAUUGGUUAGGUAUAAGGCUGAGAUGGAUUUCGAUGGCCGCGAGCUGACGCGGGUGUAUCUGGACAAGCAGGACUUAAACGUACUGCUGGAGGAGGUGCGCACGUUCCAAACGAUCGACGAGCUGGAAGCGUUUCUGCUGAAGCACGGCGAAAACAUUGUCGAUCUGAUGGGCGGUGAAAUCGAUCGGAUUGAAAUGAAGCUACGGAAAAAAUUCCCCGAAAUAAGACACUGUGAUUUGGAGAUACUGUAAGCAGUAAAAGUAAAGUUUGCUUCCUGUUUAUUUUUUAUGUCAUAUAUU